AUGGACAAUGCUACAAACAUAAAAGAGUUCUACCUCCAUGCCUUUGCAGACAUGAGAUUUAAGGGCUUGUACUUCAUUUUAUUCCUGAUCAUAUACCUUGCCACAGUGAUAGGUAAUAUUUUUAUUAUUGUCUUUACAAAAAUGGACCAUCAUUUUCAGACACCAAUGUACUUUCUCCUUAGAAAUCUGGCAUUUCUGGACAUCUGUUAUACCUCUACAACACUACCACAAAUGCUUGUCAAUUUAUUGAUAGAAAAUUUAGCCAUUUCCUUACCAGCAUGUAUUAUCCAGUUAUAUGUCUUCCUCUCAUUGGCAGCCUCUGAAUCUUCUUUGUUGGCCACAAUGGCUUAUGACCGAUAUGUUGCUAUAUGCAUUCCAUUGAGAUAUUCAGUCAUUAUGAGUAAAGAUGUUUGCCUUUAUAUGGUUGCUGGGACCUGGGUAAUUGGAGGCAUUUAUGGGGCAAUUCACACUGCCAACACUUUUAGAUUGCCCUUUUGUGGCAGCAAUGUCCUCAACCAUUACUUCUGCGAUAUUCCUCCUCUUCUGAAGAUUUCUUGUAUUGACACACUCCCCAAUGAAGCUACUGUUUUUGCAGUAGGUGGCUUCCUAAUGCUUGGCUGCUUCUUACUGAUAUCCGGAUCUUAUGUACAAAUUUUGUUUUCUGUCUUAAAUAUUCCAAAAGGAUGUGGGAGAAAGAAGGGCCUGUCAACAUGUGUGUCCCAUCUCAUUGUUGUUCUUUUGUUUUAUGGAAGUGGUAGCUCUAUGUACUUCCGCCCUAAAUCUAAUGUACUUGCAGAUAAGGAAUGGCUUCUGUCUCUGUUCUACACUAGCAUUACCCCUUUCCUUAACCCUAUCAUAUACAGUCUGAGAAACAAAGACAUCCAUGGGGCAUUUCGAAAAAACAUCCAUAAAUUGCUCCGGAAUUAA